CUUCAGCCUGUGCAUACGUCACAUCUGCCCGGGAGUGAAUAAAAGGAGAUGGGGACUCCGAAAGAGGGAGAGCAAGGACUAGUCACCUCCCUGCAGGUCUGCUGUUUGACUGGAAGGAGAUUCUUUGUUGCUCAGGAUAGAUGCAGUCACUUCUGAAGAUGUGGAAAGUCUUUGUCAUUGUGACUGUCUUCGUUACACUGGUGUCAGCCUCGUGCCCGAAGGACUGCCGGUGUCCCUCUGAGGCCCCAAGAUGUGCAGCAGGAGUCAGUCUCAUGCUGGAUAACUGUGGAUGCUGUAAGGUUUGUGCACGACAGCUCUUUGAGGACUGCAGCAAGACGCAGCCAUGUGACACCUCAAAGGGACUGGAGUGCAACUUCGGAGGCAGAUAUGGUUCAGCUAAGGGCAUCUGUCGAGCCAAAUCAGAUGGGAGAACUUGUGAGUACAACAGCAAGAUUUACCAGAAUGGAGAAGCCUUCCGUCCAAACUGCAAACACCAGUGUACUUGCAUGGACGGUGCUGUCGGAUGCAUCUCUCUGUGUCCACAUGAGCUGCUGCUGCCUAAACUGGAUUGUGACAAACCAAGGCGGGUCAAGAUACUGGGACAGUGCUGUGAGCAACUCGUCUGCCCUGAGGAAACAAAGACAGACAGCUCUGAUACAAAGAAGCACAGAAGAAAGGCCAGUAAAGGCAAAACAUCCGAAGAUGAACUAUUCAGCAAGAAUGAGUUGGCUCCUGUAUGGAGAGAGGACUCAGAGUCUUUACCUGCUUUUGGGAGCCAUCCAAAGGGCCACCUGGUUGCCAGAGGAGUCCAGUGUUUGUCCCAAACCACAGCUUGGUCACCGUGCUCUAAAUCCUGCGGCCCUGGAGUGUCCACCAGGGUGACCAACAGAAACACCCGCUGCAAACUGGUGAAAGAAACUCGGAUCUGUGAAGUCCGCCCCUGCAAACAGCUGACCUUAAAGAAAGGUCAGAAAUGUAACCACACAGAAAAGGCCAGCCAUCCAGUGAAACUGUCCUACGCAGGCUGCCGUAGCCUGAAAAAGUUCCAGCCAAAGUACUGUGGCUUCUGUUCAGACGGGCGAUGCUGCAGGCCUCACAGGACCCAGACGCUCUCUGUCCAUUUUGAAUGCAGAAAUGGAGAAAUCUUCAGCAGGAUGGUGAUGAUGAUCGAGUCUUGCAAGUGUAGCCUCGACUGCUCCAGCAGCAACGAAAAGACGCCUGACCUCUACAGACUUUUAAAUGACGUCCACAAACUGAGAAUGUAAAGGAGAAGCUUGUUUAAAGUGUUGAGUGGUUCAAAAAAGCACUGUGAGGUUGCAGGCAUCAGUUCAGUGAACUCAAGUUCAGGAUUUUGCUUCAUAACACUGGAGCCUUUUGGUUUGCUUCUUUGGGAAGCUGCUUUUACAUGUGAAACUUCUGUUAAACCAAAACUCAUUUAUUUUGUAUACAUACUUAACCUCUCUCGACAAAACGUGUCUCAUGACAACAUGGAAAUGACGUUAAAAACUCUGGCAGCUAUGAAAUGAUGAAAUGAAAGUCAUUACUUAAUAUGUUGCCAUGUUUCUGUUGAUUUACUGUACCUAUUGAGUUUAUUUAUAAUGAUUAAUGUUUCAUAUAUUGCUUAAUGUAUUGUUAUAUUUAAUGUUAAUUAUGGAAUAUUGUACAAUAAUUUCAGUUUAUCAUCUUGAUUUCUACACUAUACAAAAAAUAAAAACUAUGACUGAAGGCUGGUCACAUAUGGUACUGUAUGUAAACUGGUCAAUUAACUGCCCCAUUGUAAAUUUCACGAUUAAAUGUUUGUCUAAUAAAUACGAAGAAAACUGAA